AUGUCUUCGGCUCAGGGCGAAGCCUCGUCAGGAGAAUUCUCCGAGCUUGUACAAUAUGAACUCAAGAGAAAACACAAGCUCUGCUUCGCAUGUGGCAGUAGCACGAUAAAAAGGAGCUCACACACUCCAUUCUUCAUUGAGAAGGAGCUGGAGGCCAAUGCACCAUUCUACCCGACUCUGAUCCUUGCCCCGGCCGGGCUUCUGGAUGCCUGGAUCACCGAAAUUCGCAACCAUUUUGGUAGUAUGCUGCGGCUGAAGCUCUUCCACUGGCCUGUCGGCUCAUACAAGCGAUGUGAGAAGGAAAGAGCAAUUGGGUACCAGGGCCUGGGUGGACUGCAACAGGAAUCAUGCAUCGAUAUGCUCCAGUAUUUUUACCACAGAUCCAGCCCGAAGAUUUAUAGCCUGGCAAUAGACCAGCAGGCUUUCUGGACUGGAGAUGUCAACGCGGCGCGGAAAUUCAUUGCUGAAUGGAGGCAGCGCGCUUACGACACCGCGAAGUUAGCAAUCCGAGACUUCUUCUUGGAGGAGCGGGCCGUCUUUGGGGAUGUCAAUGGAGAACUGGGGGAACCCAGCUCUCAGCGAUUGACAACAGGCCAUUCCUUUUCUUCAUGA